AGGAUUACCUCGUGCUCUCACGGAGGCGGGUUCAGAUUCGCCCCUCUUCUUUGGUUCUGUUCUAGGGUUUCCAUCUCUCUCUCUCUUAUCUGAAGAUGGCCGCUGCUGAUGUUGAGUUCCGCUGCUUCGUCGGGGGCCUCGCGUGGGCCACCGACAACCACCGACAGCACUCCCUCCAGCAGGCCUUCAGCGCCUACGGCGAUGUCAUCGACUCCAAGAUCAUCAACGAUCGGGAGACUGGGAGAUCUAGAGGCUUCGGAUUCGUUACCUUUGGCAGCGAGCAGGCGAUGAAAGACGCUAUUGAGGGGAUGAACGGCCAGAACCUCGACGGGAGGAGCAUCACCGUCAACGAGGCCCAGUCCCGUGGAUCAGGCGGCGGAGGCGGCGGAGGAUUCAGGAGCGCCGGGAACCCGGCGGUUGGUUACGGAGGUGAACGCCGUGAAGAAGGCGGCGGGACAGUCCGUGGAGGCCUGGUGGCGAGCGUGGGUUACGGUUCACCGUGA